AUGUCAUGUUGUCCUGUGAUCAUUAGUGUUAUUUGCAUUUCAGUCUUUUUAAUCUUUCAAGUACCAUUGAAGAGUACCAGAAAUUUUAUUCUUGUAAUGGCUUUGUCCUUAUUUAUAUUUCCAUUAGUAAUAGUCUUCAUCAUUUUAUUUCUUAUUCAUACUGUAUUGAAAUUUGUCACGUAUCUUAUACUGUGGCAGUCGAAAUUGUUUCAAAAAUUUGAGGAUUUAAAAAUAAUUGAUAGAUCUGAUGGGACAUGGUGUGGAGGAAAUGAUUUAAGGAAUUCUAAUUCGAAUGAUUCAAAGAAAAUAUACAAAUGGAAGAAUAAAAAUUUGACAUAUUCGAUAGGUACUGUUCCUAAGGAAUUAUCUCGAAGAAUAGUAAGGUAUGAUAAUGGUACUAAGGAAAAUUUUAGGGAUGUAAUGAAGAGAGCUUUUGAAGUGUGGUCAACAGUGACACAAUUGAAUUUCCUCGAAGUACCACAGAAUGGCAAUAUCAAAAUCGAUUUUGUCAGGGGAGAACACGGAGAUGGUUACACUUUUGAUGGGCCAG